AUGAUUUUCACUUUAAACACGCUAUCCAAGGUUUUCGCCUUGAGCUCCUUUAUUCUCAGUACACUCUGUCUAUUCGCAGGCUCGGAAAAAUCAAUCUUGCAGAGUGCCAGUGUUAUGACGCUCGACACAUCCGCCUCCGAACCGACUGCAGCAAUUAAAUCCGUAAAUGACACUAGUGCAGCCGACCUGGGCCUGAAACAAUUCUACUCUGUUCAUGUGCUAGCAUACUGCGAAGGCAAUUUCGACGGCGAUGGGGAACAUGGAGUGACGAGCUGCUCUAAACGCACAGCUCCCUUUGCGUUCAAUCCAGCAAACGUCUUUUCGGCGGAGUUCAAAGCUGGGUUUAAUGUAUCCGAUAUUAAUUGGCCAGACACCAUCACAGACGACUUUCACGUUAUGGAAGUGACCACCAAAGCGAUGUCAGUGCUGUACAUUAUUGGCGUUGCGGCGACAGGUGUUACUCUUCUCAUGGAGAUCCUUCUCACACAAGCUGGAGGAAGGGCAUCUAUGAUGGCACAUUUGAUUUUCACGGUGCUUAGUUUUGUCUGUCUUGGUGUUUCCUCUUCGGUAGCCUCUGUCAUGGCUGUUCAGUUUGUCGAUCUUAUCAAUCGACAUGGAAAGAACUAUGGAAUAGCUGCAGUGAGAGGUAGCAAGUUUCUGGGUAUGACAUGGUCAGCGGUGGGACUGUUGUUUCUUACUGUUGUUAUCAGUGUUAUCACACUGCCAUCCACCAGCAGCGUUGCGUCCUCUGAAAAAGAGAUCGACAAUGUCUGA